AUGGAGGAGGACCAGAGAGGAACAGACUCCACCCUCUCCCAGAGCAUCAACCCAAUCAAAUCAGCCGGAGCCCUGAAGGACAGCCUCAGCUCCAAUGACUGUGCAGCUCUGGGUGUGGCACAGGACUGCAGAGACUCCCAGGGGAUUGGGAGGGCUGAGUUCACAGACUCUCGGAGCGAAGGAACGGGUCAGCAGACGGAGAGUGAGAUGGAACACACCACUCAGGAGGGUUGCACUACGCCGGACCGCCCUAUGGAUGGGGAAAUGAGCCAACCCAAGCAUGAGGAGCAGCAGGGAGGAGAGGAAAAACAGGAGGAGGUGGAAGAGGCAGAGGAGGCCUUGGCAUUAGAGGAAGAGGAGAAAGAGGAGAAGAGAGAUGCUCACACUGGAGGAAGGGCCCAGCUGCGCGAGGAGGCCCAGCUGCGCGAGGAGGCCCAGCUGCGCGAGGAGGCCCAGCUGCGCGAGGAGGCCCAGCUGCGCGAGGAGGAGUAUGAUAUGUUUGGAGUGGACAUGGUGGAGACUAUCAGAGACCGGGUGGCUUCUCUGGACGACCUGGCCAAACGCAUCACAGUGGAGGAGAUGACCCCUGUCCCUGGCCUUGUGUCCAUCCUGAAGAGGAGGAGUGUGUGUGUGGAGGAUGUGUGUGUGGCUCCCUUCUCGGCCCCACUCAAACACAAACACCCUGCUAAACGCAGGGUCCGCUUCAAAGUACCUGAUGACGGCUUUGACCACGACGAGGUGGGCGGAGACUCCUGCCUGCUCCUCUUCUUGCUUUGCCUGGUCACCGUGGUGAUCAGCCUGGGAGGCACCGCCCUCUACUGUGCCCUGGGCGACGCCCAGUCCACUGUCUGCACCGACUUCUCCCGUAACGCUGACUUCUACCUCGCACAGCUGCAUCGUGGGAUGGAUCAGCUCCAAAACUGGCUAACCCCCGCGUCUUAGCUGACCCCCAAGAGGAGAGGAGAAGAGAGGGGGAGGAGAAGAGAAAUGUGGGGAGGGAAGGAAAGGAGAGGGGGAGAAGAAGGGGACAGAGGAGGAAAACUCCCUCGUUUUGCAGAGUGGAUACUCGCCUCUCUUUAUGUCCUGCCCUGUUUUAAUCUCUCUCUCUCGGUCAGUCUUUCUGUCUUUACUGGCUGGCCAGUUAAAGUGUGUUUAUGUGUGGCGGGAGAGAGAGAGAGUGAUUGAACGAUGUGUAUGUCUGUGUGGUACUGGUGGGCUGCAUCCACACUAACAGUUCCCUAAGACAUCUGCAGUGCUGCCUAGUAGAACUAGUAGGACUGACCUAGGACCUGUAGUAUACUGGACUACCCAUAGACGUCAACUGUACACUACUGGACGUGAAGUCAGCCCAGAGGAAUGGAUAAUACUCAUUACCACUGACCUUGAAUCUGCUCGCUACUACAUGGACCUGUUCUCUGGGUCCUUCAGGCAUGGACAGAACUGCUCACCUGCGCAGACAGGAAGUGCUUGUGUAGCCAUUUCAGAAACCGGCACAGCUCUGUGUUUACUGCCGCCAUUUUUUAUCUUAUCUACACCUCAAAAAUAUGAACAAUUCUGCUGUGGUCAGAAACAUGAAAUAAUGUCUUUAAAAUAAUCUUCUAAUAAUUCAUGUUUUGUUGUAAUGAAACAGAUUUUACUUUCCUUUCCGUUCCUCACUAUUGAGUAUUUUUAUGUUGUAGGUAGGGUGUUUCUUUGGGCUGAGGAUAGAAGUUGCCCCGAAUCACAGAUCGAAGAUCAUAUCUUAACCAUAUCCUCAACCAGGAGGGGGAGGAAAUAUCUGACCCUGUAUCAGUGGAUAGGGGAAACUGCUACCCCUUCUGUUUAUUGGGUUGUUUUGGGGUACAGAUAGUUCAGCCUGAUUGUAGCAUUGGCCCCUUGAUGACCCUUGUGUGUCAGACAGAGAUAUAUGCAACAUGGACAAGAAAGCAAUACAUGUGUGUGUUAAAGAAUGUUAUUUUAUUUUGUUCUUUAAAAAAAGAAAAUGUAAACACUUUUUCUCCCCAAUUUCGUGGUAUCCAAUUG